CUGCUCGGUGCUGUCAACAUGGCGGCGGUUGAUGUCAUUGUGGACAACUUGGUGACACUCUGGAGGAUACCGGCCGUCCGGCAAAAUUUCCACUGGAUAUUUUUGCUAAUUUCCGCGGUGGGAUCGAUCCUGAAGGAGCUGGAGCUCGUCCCGCAGACGUAUUUCAGCAGCAACAGAAAUGCCCUGAAUGUGUAUUUUGUCAAAGUAUCCUGGGGGUGGACGUUGCUGCUCCUGACCCCCUUCCUCCUCCUCUCCAACUCCUCCUUCAACAGGAGUGUGUCCUUCCUCUGCCGGCGGCUGCUGUCUCUGGCGGUGGCAACAACCAUCUGGUACGUCUGCACCGAGACCUUCUUCUAUAUCGAGGACGCGACCGGCUCGUGCUUUGAAACUGACGGCGUGGAGAUUAUCAACAAGGAGUUCAUCACCAAAACCAGCUGCAGGCGGGCCGGCUUCCAAUGGCAAGGCUAUGACAUCUCAGGACACUCCUUCAUCCUGGCCUACUCGGCUCUCUUCAUCAUCGAGGAAACGGCACCUAUGGCCUUCCUGAAGACAGCCAGCCUCUCUGCACUGCCCAGGAUGGUCCUAAACCUGCUGUACGUAGCCUUGAAUCUGAUCGUGAUUGUUUGGGUGUGGAUGUUUGCCUGCACCUCUGUUUACUUCCAUGACCCGUCUCACAAGUUGCUCGGGACCAUAUGCGGCCUGUUGGGGUGGUAUCUGACAUAUCGGGUUUGGUAUCUAAAACCUUUGUCACCAGGACUUCCUCCUCAGCGCCACCCAAAAGGACUGAAACUACACACCUGAGCUGCAGUCGUACUUUCCUGUACAACGUUCCAUCUUCAAAACAACACACUACAUUUGAUGUUAUCUGUAUUCGGGUCCACGCUGGCCAUUCUAUUUUAAGCUGUUUUAAGUUAUUCCCUCCUCACAGAAAGGUUGUUUAGUGCAGGAUGGUGUAUGGCAGCUGCUGUUCCCAAAAUGACUCUUGGUAAUCUGAGAUAAAAGCAAGACGCCGCUCGGCUGCCCAGCUUUAGCCUCUCACCUUCAGCCUCUGAGGCAUGCAUGCGCUACCAUGGUUUGUCCUCCAGUUGCCUUAUAACGUUUGACUCUUGGCUGAGUAAUCACAGCUUUUAGAUGACUGAGUUUGAAUAUUUCAGAAUGUUUACAGUUACAGUUCCAAAGCACUGAGAUUUAUUUUUUACCGAUGUAAAGAAGCUACACAUUUUAUUUUAUAGGGAACUACCUGCAGAACAAAGUCAGAUGAGACACUGUAACUACAGUGGGCCUAAAUUAUUUACUGCUUUAAACAAGCUGGUUUUUGAGUUACUGUGACUGUCAACCCUAUAUAUAAAGUUUGCUCAGAAAAGCGUGUAUGAAGAUCAUUUGAAAUGAUCAUCAUACACAUACUUCAACUGUAAGCAAGCCCUGCAAGUGAAAUUUAUUUUAUUUUCAAUAGCAACACUUAUUGUCAUUAUUGAUUUAAUUUGUUAACUAUACAAAUGAUUAAAAAUGUCACAAUAUGUAUUAAAAUGUUGCGUUUUGUCCAAGCAAAAGCAACAAAUCCUCCACAGCUGGAAUCGGAGAGUGUUUGGCUUUUGUCCUUGGAAAAAUAAUUUAAACGAUAAAUUGAUUAGUUAUAGUUGAAGUUUACAUUUUCUGUUCAUGGACUAAUCUAUUAAUCAACUAAUAUGUUCAGUUGUAACUUGUUUUGUUGUCAAAAACACCAUGAAAAGAUCAAAACUGAAUUGAUCCUCCUUUACAAGUAUUGUCAAAUAUUGCCAUGCCUGAUAGAGAUAUAUAUAUAUAUAUAUAUAUAUUUAAUUAGUUAGUGUUACUCUGUACUAUGGAGCACCAAACUAUUAAAAAACGCAUCAAGGAUUAAUAUGGGCACUGACACUUAUUUUCAUUUCCUUAUACACCGUCCCGCUCCCAUAAAUACUCACUAGAUAACUAAAUCCCUUUUUAAUCUGAAAAACAAUGCUCUCUUUACUCUUGGUGGAGUAAUGUUUGCUAAAAACUACAAUGCCCAGUUGCCUGGAAAUUACUUUAAUUUUAAAAUCAGAACGUUUAUUUACGUCCUCUAUAGGAGCCAAUAGGCUUGAGUCAGAGUCUGGCCAAGUAGGACAGUUGUAAAGUAUUUUAAAUAAGGAUACGAUAUGUGUUGGUUCUGGUCUCUUCAUAGGAUUUGUUAACUAAGUGUUAUUAGUAUGUUACUAGCCAUAUACUGUAAUGGGACAGUGUGGGAAACUGAUUUAUUUUAUGGUUAUCGAUUUACAAUGUCACAAGCAAAUAACUGUUUUCUAGCAUUGCUGUGUGUAUUUUCUUGAUGUUUCCAAUAUACAGUUAGAAGCUCUAUAGGGCAGGGAACACUGUAGUUUGUGGUCAAAUAAAAAACAGUAUCUGUUUA